AUGUCUUGUUCAUCGUUCCCAACUGCCUAUGAGCCCGAGGCGGCCAUCGUUCGCGACCUCCGGGACUAUAUCUUUCGGUCAUACCAGAGAGCCAGGGCGUUCAACUUCGCCAUCGCUUCUGCACGUGCCAGAGAAAACGGCGGCCAGGAAGAUAUGAAUCUGGAAGGAAUCUUUGAUCUUAAUGACUACCUGCGGUUCUGUGACAAGUUGCUCAAGUGGGCGCCGGACGUCUCUAGUCCCGGAGAUGCGCUGCUUCGCAAGAUUCUCGUUUUCUACUGGGUGUUUGAACAGCCGUCUGUCCGAAACCUCCAGACGCCCCUGUUGCCCGAGACAUCGAACACGGAUCUGUCAUGGAUUUCCUACUGGCUUGUGGGUUUUGCACGAGAGAUCGGACACUGGAUGGAUACGCCGGAAUCUGCCGACCAUGUCGAGUCCUUUUACAACAAUCCUAUCUAUAAUAAGGAUAUCGAGCUCUACAAGCAACCAGAAAGCGGAACAUGGGGGUCAUUCAACGAGUUCUUCUCGCGUAAAUGGGCAGACAUCAACGUCGCCCGUCCGAUAGCUGGGGCAGCCAACGAUUCGGUCAUCGUGCACGGCGCCGACUCCAUGUUUGGUGGCUCGUGGGACAUCGAAGACGGGUUUGUCAAUAUUGAGAACCAAGCUAUUACGGCCAAGGGUAUCAAGUGGCCUGUCAGCGAGCUUCUUCAGCGCCUGGGUCCGGACUUCGAUAAUGGCAGCCUGAUGCACGCGUUCCUGUCGCCGCACGACUACCACCGCCAGCAUGCCCCUGUGAGUGGCAAGGUUAUCGAGGUGAAGAAUAUUCAGGACCAGGUGUACCUCCAAGUGACCAAGAAGCGAGACGGCAACCGCCUUGCGCCUGACCGAGGACUUACUCGUGAGGCGACAGAGGUAACCCGAAGACACCAUAAGAAGAAGGUUGAGCUUCGAUCGCUAGACGCCCCAGAUGACGCAGGCUACCAGUGGUGCCAGACCCGAGGCCUGAUAGUCAUCGACACUGUCACCUAUGGCAAGGUUGCCGUCCUGCCAAUCGGCAUGGCCCAGGUCUCGUCCGUGGUGAUGAGCGUCAAGAAGGGAGACACCGUGCAGAAAGGAGAUGAAAUCUCGUACUUCCUGUUUGGGGGCUCGGAUAUCGUCAUAGUAUUUGAAAAAAGAGUCAGGUUCCGUGACGAUCUCGAGGUAAACAAGACAAAGAUCAACGUGAGAGACAAGUUGGCUACCUUUCCGCCACUCCCCUGA